AUGGCGUCUAUAUUAAGGUGGGCGCAACACUUGACGCGUAAGACGCCUCUCCAGCCGCUGCGAUUUCCUACUACAGGGUUCGACAUUAUCCCUGAGUUAGCGUUGCUUGAAGAGGAACAGUUCGACGAAUUCAAGGAAGGCAAAUACUUUCCGGUCCAAAUUGGGCACGUAUACGCCUCUAAAUACCAGGUGCUAGGCAAGCUAGGAUUUGGAUCGACCUCUACAGUAUGGCUAGCUCGUGACCUUGAGAGCCAUAAACAUGUAACACUCAAAAUGUAUACUUCAGACAAUACGCACCAAGAUGAGUUCGAUAUCUAUGAGAUAAUUAGGAAAGUGAAAUCCUCACACCCGGGCCGCCGCCAUGUGCGAUCAGCCUUAGACAAGUUCGCACUCCAGAGUCCAGCAGGCAAACAACAUUACUGUCUUGUCCAAACCCCUCUUUGGGAUAGCUGGAGAGACCUACUACGUCGGAACCCGACGAACCGAUUCACUGAAGACCUCCUUAAGGCAGGACUCUGGGAGCUUCUACUUGGGCUAGACUAUCUGCACGCAGAGUGUAAAGUUGUCCACACAGACAUCAAAGCCGACAAUAUUCACUCGGAGCUAGUAGACAAGCAGCUCUUUGAUGCUUUUACCCAGGCUGAGCUUGAAACGCCUACACCGCGAAAAUAUAUCAACGGGUUUCCGAUAUACCUAUCUCGGAAGUUUGGCUUACCCCGAGAGCUUGGUAACGUUAUCUUAAGUGAUUUCGGCGCCGCGGUUCGUGGUGACGAGAGAAGGAAUCACGACGCUCAGCCGAAUGUGUAUAGAUCACCAGAAGUCAUGCUUAAGGUGCGUUGGGGUUAUCCCGUAGACAUCUGGAAUGUUGGCGUCAUGAUCUGGGAUCUCUUUGAGGGAAAGCACCUCUUCUAUGGGCAAUGGAAGGCAGGAAUCCCGAUCCCAGAAGGGCUGAGCCUAGAGGCUUCUGAAGAAAACCUUGAAGGAAGCAGCAAAGAGAAAUUCUUGAACUUUAUACGGGGGAUGCUGCAAUGGCGUCCAGAGGACAGAAAGACGGCGAAGCAACUUCUCGAAGAUCCAUGGUUUAGGAACUAG